AUGUUCCACCACCCCCAUCCUGUCGCGCCUUGCCCGUCGCUCUCCUGGGGCUUCAUCGCUCCAAGCCUCUCCGGGUUCCGCCAGACGCGGAGCGGCACUUCGUUCUCCCCCUGGGCUGCCGUCGCUCCCUUCGGCAUACCCAUCGAGGCUCCUGCGGACUUCGACCUUCGCGCGCGCACCGAGGCUGCACUGGCAGAUCAAGUGCAGGACCCCGCCUGCGCAGAGCAGGACGGCCUUCCGGUGACCCCGCUGUUCGAAAGCGAAAAGGACCCAGCGUCGCCUUGA